UUAUAAAAUUUUGUAAAUAAGUGAUUUUUCUUCUUGACUAAUGUGCGCUAAUGAGGCUGCAGUGAUGGGCACUGAUAGGCUGCACUAAUGGGCACUGAUAGGUGGCACUGAUUGGCAGCACUGAUAGGUGGCACUGACUGACAUUGAUAGGUGGCACUGACUGGCACUGAUAGGUGACACUGAAAGGCAGCUCAGAUGGGCACUGAUAUGUGGCAUUGAUGUGCACAGGUAGGUACUGAUGUGUGGCAUUGAUAAGGCACUGAUGGUCACUGGCAGGUGGCACUUCUGGGGCUACACUGAUCAUCAGGGCACACUGAUCAUCACUGUCAGCAUGACAGCUCAUGAGGAGAGAAAUGCCGAUAACCGGCAUUUCCCUAUUUACAUGCGAUCAGCUGUGAUUGGA